AUGCCCAAAUUAUCCGCGUAUGCAAAAGGAUUGAAGCUGGAGUUGGAACUUGUCGAAAGACUGGAGGGUAUCGCUUGUGAGCAUACAGGAGGCCCGGGCGACGGAGAAGUAGAUGCCAGGUGUGAAACUGCUAUGUUAAAAUACGCGUUUCAAUGUAAUAACGACCCUCCGUCGUCCGUAAGCGAGGAACAAAGUGGGGCGCUCGGUAUCAUCGUGAGUGCCCCAGGAAAUAAGUUCACACAGUGUGCAAUAGAAUCAGCCAGAGCGUUUGUAUAUCCCAUCCUCCGGACCGAUAUAGCACGUCUACCCUUAUACAUUCUCAAUAUAACCUUUAAUCGGCUACAAGGAAGACCCUUCGAAUUUUUCUACCUCUCCUAA